AUGUCAGAAUGGACAACGGAUUCCAAUGAAGCGCUCAAGAUUCAUCUCGUACGUGCCGGGGAUGAUGAGGCCGUGUUAUCUCCUUCAGAAAAAGCAUUGACAAAGUCAUUCCAUCCGAGAUUCACAUAUCCCAUAUUCGGUGAAGAGGAAAAGAUUUAUGGCUACGAGAAUCUAUCCAUCAAUCUCUUCCUGGCUUCUGGAUCUCUCAAGCAGUUCGUUACAGUCGAAUUUUCCGAACGGUUGACCGGGAAAGCAAUUGACGACCCAGAAAACACGAUCUAUCAGUAUCUAUCAGAUGAUCGACUCGACAGUUUGGAGCGUUUUGCAAAAGAAGUGGAAAGGGACGCCACGACGUUCAAACCUAUUGGAGACAAGAUUGAUUCCUACGUGCGCAAGAGAGGAGACGGCAAGUCGGCGAACAAGGAUCCGAGAGAGAUUGCGAUAGGGCAACUGAAGCGGACAGAUGACGACCGAACAAGACAGAUUGACGAAGGAGACGAGGAUGCAGUCGUAUACGAAGUCUAUCACGCCAACUUCAAGCGGGAAGGCUUUGUCGAGUUUCAUCGGCGAAUGCAAAUAUUCAUUUUGCUAUACAUUGAAGCGGGUUCAUAUAUUGAAGAAGACGACGACAAAUGGGAGUUUGUGACACUGUUUGAAAAGCGAAAACGAAAAGAUGGCAAAGAAGUGUACCACCUCGUCGGCUACUCUUCACUUUAUCCAUUCUACUUUUAUCCAGAAAGUACCAGACUACGAUUGAGCCAGUUUGUCAUUCUUGGCCCAUACCAGAAAAAAGGACAUGGAGCUGCACUCUACAAGGCCAUUCAUAACUUUGUGCUUCGAUCACCUCGGUUUGCAGAGCUAACAGUCGAAGAUCCGAGCGAAGACUUUGAAGACCUGCGAGACAAGGUCGACAUGCGCACUCUCCUCGCUCACAAAGAGUUUAUUCGUGAAGCAUAUGGUACAACUGGUCCGAAUGGGACGCUCACAGUCUCUAGACGAGGAGCUGUAAAAAGAAGUAGCACAGGAAAGGAGAACGAUACGGAUCAACCGACCGAAGUGGACAAAGCCGAGCGAAGUGGGACAAGAUCGAGCAAAGUCGCGAUGCUCGGACCACCGACAAAACCCAAGUGGGCAGAGCGUUGGCGAAAGGAGCUCAAGUUUGCCAAGAGGCAGUAUGAGCGUUUGAUCGAAAUGCUCAUCCUGCGUGCAUUAGACGAGACCGACGAAGCUGCUCACAGAGCAUUUCGGCUGCAGGUAAAGGCACGGCUCAAGGCGUUCAACUUUGAAACGCUGAUGCAACUAGAGCAAGAGGAGCAGUUUGACAAACUGGAAGAGACUUUCCAGAGCGUCAAAGAGGGGUACGAACGUAUACUUGGCAUGCUUAAAAAGAAGGAGGGAGCGCACAAUGUAUGA